AUGAGGUUGAGUACAAAAAGGAUUCUUCUCCCCUUGAGUCCUGGUCUUCUGGGUGGUUGAUAGCCGGUUUUGUAUCCUCGGACCGGACGAUGCAAAAGCGCGAGCCUUGGCUUUUCCUUUUCCGUCUUCUGCCGUCUCAACGAUUUCUUACAAAUUCUUCCAAAUUUAUCGAAUCUCUACCUAGAUUCUCUUUCGAUUCCUCCUCUCGAUCAUCUAAUCAAGCAUCUUUUGGCUCAAUUACAGUCUUCCUCUCUCCAUUGAUUCUAAUUUCAGUUCUUGCCCUUCCGUAAUAUUGAUUCUAGGGUUAGGGUUUUGAAAAUUUUGGACUUCGCUGUGUUCGCCACCGAUCUUCCAUCCUCUGGUGGUCGAUCAAAGCUUCUCUGGAUUAUUUUCUUGUUAUGUAUUUUCGUUCUCUGAUUGGGUUUAAUUUUGUAGAUCAAUUUGAUCUUCUUGAAUUUUAUAGAAUUUCGGAGCUCGACUAAUUCGCGGGACGAGUUUGAUCAUUAGAUCUUAGGGGUUAUAGGUAUAUUCUUCUGCGUAUUGUUGUCUUCAUUUUCGAUCCGUCGUAAUUUUUUUGGAUUUCGUCGGUGUUCAUUAGAAUCUCGGGGUUUGGAUUUCGGAGAAAUCUUUCCUAUCGUUUCCUUGUAAAUCGGUCGGGGGAAACGAACGUUACUGUUGAGAAGUCACGCUCUUCUCUCUUGUUUCCUUGUCUAUCAUCUUAUCGUCCGUAAGAAUUUGGGAUUUGGUAUCUUAUGGUUGAUAUUCAUUUUUUUUCUCUUCACCCAGCUGAGCUUUUAAUUGGAUUAUUUUUUUGAAGGUGAUCUAUGUCUCCUGGGGUCACUGUAUAUUUACAUCUGGAAGGGACUUUGAAGGGAAAGUUUUGACCUGAAGAUUGUAUGACUCCUUGUAUGCUCAUGAAACUGCAACUGUAGGAACAGACCUUGUAACUGUUUGCCAGGUCAACAACUCAACAUGGUAUACAAACGACCAUUUUGUGAUGAAGAGCCCUAUGAACUUUCUUUCAAGCAUCCAAGACAAUUGGACUAUAGUAACCAACUGGCCUCGUUUGUUGAAGCUGUUCCCUGUUGUGACAUCCCUCAGAAGCCUCAAGGUUCGGGUGAAGGUGAAUUCUCUAAAGCUCAAGGUGAUGAGAGGAUUGUACACAGCACUAUUACUGAACUGUCUACUUGGGUCUAUAAAGAUUGUGGGACAACUUCUCCUCCCUGCGUCUCUAGCUUGUCGUCAUGGGUCACCAGCAGUACAAGUGAAGAAGAUCCCAGUUCAGACACUGCGGCUGGGGUAUCUUUCUCCGCAGAUUUCUCUGAACCGAACUAUGCUGCAAGGGUGGUAGUUCAGUCUGAUGAGAUUUAUUCAUCGCUUUUGAAUUUUCCUCCUCGAAAACCAGUUCCUGUUGGACCUGAUCAUCAAGCUGAUGUUCCUGCUUGGGGCAUCCAGGGUGUCAAGAAAUCUUCUAGUCAUUUAGAUGCAUCUGAUCCAAUUUCCCUGAAACAUUCUUCAAGUUCAGACGCAUUGAUUGAUGAUGAUAAUCGGGAGAAGCUGAUGGGGACUUGUAUUGUUCCAUUGCAUGAUUCAGAGCUAUCUUCUUACAGUGGUAACAAAGUCGGAUGUGGCAGAAUUGACUGCACCUGCCCAGAUAGUGGUUCCAUCAGGUGUGUGAGACAAAAUAUCGAGGAAGUAAGGGAGAGGCUUAGAGGAACUCUUGGCCAGGAGAGUUUUGUGGAGUUAGGAUUCUGUGACAUGGGAGAAGAGGUAGCCCAGAGAUGGAGUGGAGAGGAGGAACGGGUUUUCCACCAGGUUGUUUUCUCCAAUCCUGCGUCGUCGGGAAAGAACUUCUGGGAACAUCUCUCAGUAGUUUUUCCUUCUCGUACAAGAAAGGACCUUGUCAGCUACUAUUUUAAUGUCUUUAUGCUACAAAAGCGAGCCAAGCAGAACAGAACCACCCCACUGAACAUUGACAGUGACAAUGAUGAAUGGCAGGAAAGUGAUGGUGAGGAGUUUGGAAUAAUAGAGGAUUAUGAGGACUCGGUGGUGGAGUCCCUAGUUGAUCAAGAGGAUCCUGGUUAUAACCCAGAGGACCACGGAGAGGAUUUCAACGAGGAUGAGGAGGUUGGAGAAAUUUAUGAUAAUGAUGAUUAUUGUGAUGUCGAAGGUGAUAGGGGUGCUGCUGGUGAAGAGGAUGAGGGAGGUGUGGAGAAUGUUUCAGAAGCAUGGAUUGAGAAAUCACCUGCUGGUUGCAGCUUCAAUCCUGCGGUUAAGCUUGGUGUUACACACCCACAUGAUGGUGGAGAAGAUCAUGAUUUCCAAGAUGACUCUUGUACAUCCUACGAGGGUCAACACAAUGGGGCUGAUUUUUGUGGUCCAGUUAGUGCAGGGAUCAUAAUGCAAGAGAGUCGAGCUGAGAGUGGUAGUAACAAGGGCUUGCAAGGCACCUAUUAUGGUUUAAUUAGGGGGGGAAUCGAACAUGGGUAUGGCUUGGAGCCAUGUGAUGCUAAAGUUUGGGAUGUUCGAUAUCUCACUAGUCCGAAGAAAGAUAUUGAUUUCUUGCCGACAUGCAAUAUGAUUGAAGAGGUGUUUGGGGAGGAGGCUUACAAGGGCACAGAUUGCAAGAGCAUCGGUUAGCUUAGCUUUGCGAGUGCUUCGUGCGUCCUUGGCAUUCGAGGUGGCUUCUGGUAAAGCAGUGGACAUCUUACCCUAUUGUGAAUAAUAUAUAUUUAUAGGGGGGAUAGAGAUUCUUAGCCUAUUGUGGUCGGGUGGGGUCCAUAGCAGAAUUCUUUUCUGUUAGAGCCGUAUGCAUAGUCCAAUUUUUGUUUUAUACAUUGGCAUUGUGGGAAAUGGAAGCAUUAUCUUUACUGUAAGAUAGUGGUGGGUUUCCUCGGUGUUUCUACCCCGCCCCCCAACCCUAGACAAAUAAAAAAAAGAAAAAAGGGGUUUCAUUAGUGUGUUAUAAUGUGAUUUUUCUUGGAAUGUAGCUGUUUGUUGUGGAUUGCAUAACCUCAUCCACCUUCAAAGGGGGCUGAAAUGCCCACACCAUGAAUCUCUUUUAUAGGGAUCACUUUCUUAGGAAGCUAAUAUAUUGAUUCAUAAUUGACUUA